UUUUCAUUUUUCUUUUCCUUCAAUUCCAAUAGUAAUGCAGCCAAAAAGCACACCAAAACCUCUCUCCCUCUUUUUAACUCACAGUCCACUCUCAGUUAAAACCCUCAAAGCAAAAACCCUCAUUCGACAAUGGCAGUAAUCACCUCUUCUUCUUCUUCUCAACAACUCCAAGUCCACCGUUUCCCUCAAAACAACUACAUUGAUUCCCUCCGUUGGCUCCCUCAACUCUCCGCUUUUCACCGUCACAUCAUUCUCGCCACUUUCAACUCCGACUCCUCUAACUCAUCACUCCAAAUCCUAAACUUAACCCAAAAAGCUUCAAAUUCAGACUCAAAUUCACCAGAAAUUACACUUCAGUCGUCACUCACAACACCAUCAAGAAUCAGCUCAUUAAAAACCUCACAAAACCCCAAUAAACCCCUUAUUGCUGCAUCUACAUUUUCUGGGGAUUUGUUGGUUUAUAAAGCUGAUUUGGUUAAUGGGUCGUUGGAUUUUGUCAAUUCGGUAAAAGGUUUUCAUUCGGGUCGGGUUGCGGGUAUUGAUGUGAGUGAAAAUGGGUCGGAGUUUGUGAGUGUUGGGGAGGAUGGGAGGAUUAAUUUGGUGAGUUUUGUUGGUGGUGGGUUGAGUUCUAAGAGGGUUUUUGAUGGGAAUGGGUUGGUUUCAUAUGGGGCGGUUAAAUGGGCUUCUCCUGUGGAGUUUGUGAGUGGUGGAUUGGGGUUUAGUCUUCAAUGGUGGGAUCAACGACGACCUGGUGGACCCGUUUCACAGUUUAAAGGGAACUGGACUCAUGGAUCUACUUCUGGCAUUGUACAUUCAAUUGAUAUUCAUCCAUCAAGAAAGCAUACUUGUCUUGCAGGAGGUUCUUCUGGUACUGUGUUUGCAUGGGACCUUCGCUGGCAACAGCAGCCUAUAAUACUUGCUGGUGUUGGAAACAGUGAUUUGUCUGCCAUUUCACCAUCGGAAAGUGAUGUUUGGGAGGUCCAGUAUGACAACUAUACUACUUCAUCCAACUACCGCAACAUCUCAGAAUCACGUGUUCUUCCUGCCAUGAUUUGCUCAGAAGAUGGUAUUCUUGCCGUAAUUGAACAAGGUGAAGAACCCGUUGAACUUCUUGCUGAACCUUGCGCCAUCAACAGCUUUGAUAUUGAUCGACAAAACCCAUCAGACAUCGUUUGUAGUUUGGAGUGGGAGUCGAUAGCCAUCUUGACAAGGUCUUAACUGCUGCUUAUGAAGCUGAGAACUUUAGCUAUAUGGCGACGGGUUAUCUUUGUUGUAGUUUGAGUUUGUUAUAUAGUUAAGCACUUCAGUGUUGGUCUUCUGUCAAUUAUGAGAAAGUGUGCUGUUUUUUUUUUCCUUCACUAUGAGAAAGUGUUACUCUUCUGGUAAAUCUAAAGGAUGUACAAUGCUAUUUAGGUACUUUUCUAGAAUAGAAUACUAAGUUUUCCUCU